UUCGCUAUGUAUCAAGAGGCGUGCGCCGCCAAGGGUGGGGCGUUGGAUUGCUACGCUGUCUUUGACCGAAAUGUUGCCAAACACAUGAAACUGGACACGGUUGGGCAAAUUGCCAUUUACAGUCCUUUCAGCAAGUUGCCUACUAUACUUCCGAAAAAUCCCGCCAACGUGGAUGACAUUCUGGCCUUCAUCACAGAACAUGACCACAUCAGUCUCGUCAAAGUGGACGAGCACAAUAUCCAUGAUCCCAAGCUUGAAGACCCGACUCGUGUCAACGUGCUCGCGGUUGCGGAGCAAUCUACACCGCUGGGAGGCUAUCUUCUUCGCUUGUUGUACAAGACAUUGAAGAACGUCACCAACUCCACGAGCGCAACUGCGGUGCCCUUCCAGGUUUUGUGGAUUGAUCCAGCUAUCCUACCGGCAGCCUACAGGAUGAUGGAACAGUUCGGCAAGCAAACUGAACCUCCCUAUUUGGGAACACAUAGCGCGCUUACGGGCCAGGGAGUUUGGUUUGACAUGAAGCUACUGAACACUUCUGGUGGAAAGGGGGUCGACGACGAGAACGUGCAGAAGCUCUUAGACUGGGUUGCUGGUCUGACGACUUCGGCAUCCACACAAGCGGAGGCCGGCUGGCAGUUCACCGAGGUCCCGGUGUCGCAGAUCGUUCCCGAGGGCAGCAACGUGGUGCUCCGCUGCUCCGUGCAGGGCGCGGUCGGAGACUGUCUCUGGCUCAAAGAUGGCCGCAACAUCGGCUUCAACCUGGCCCGUCUGCCUCACCUGACCUGGGCCGGAGACCACGCGAGCGGCGACUGCAGCCUCGCCAUCACCGGCGCGCAGCACGGACGCGAUGACGGGUCCUGGGUCUGCGAGAUGACUGGAGAUGCUCAGCACCCGACCAUUACCUCGCCACCAGCCGUCCUGGUUGUGUCCGGUGCAGCGAAAAGGCCAAUUCAAGAACUGUGAUCACCUACCGGAUAGAGCGCCGAAUUCGGGAUGCAUUGAACUGUUCGUCAGAAUUAGGCAGCUUCAUUACCUUGGAAGCCAUUUUUAACUCAGCUAGGCGCGGGAUUGAAGUUGACUAUCUACCAUUUAAGCACGUUUUAUUGCCUGUUGUGAUGACCCAAAACUAUCCUCUUACUAUUCAUACUUUGAAGCCUCCUUUCACGUGAAACUCUCACACUAGGUUGUGGUCCGCGCUCAGUACUGUCAGCCGUACUGUUCUAACUAUAUUGCCAUAACGAAACAUGGUGUUAAAAUAUUUACAUUGUUGCUAUAAAUAAACAUUUAAUAUAUUCCA